CGUUCCUCCACUUAGGAAAAUGCUGAUGAGCAGCUGUGGCUUUCCAAAACUUUUUAUCCCAACACAAGCUUCUUUUUGAAUAAUCAGGGUGACAGACGGGAGCUGGGGCAGCACAAACUGUUUACCUGAGAUAUUAAGAUGAGCGCAGACACGGUGGAACAGUCGGAGGCUCCAGCUGAACAGGCAGAGCAAAACGGAAUUGACUUCAAUCGACAGAUAAAGACAGAGGACAUCAACGACUCACCUCACUCAGCUUCCACACUGAAGACAUGUCACCUUACACAGAGCUCUCCAGUGCCUGGAGGACAGCUGACUGGGGAGCUCACCUCUCUCCAUACCAUGCAGCAGCUGGUUCUGAUGCCACCAUCUCAUCUGUCAUCUCCCUCCUCUUUUCUGCUCUCCCAGAGCCCCACCAGCCACCAAGCUCUUCUGCAGCAGAACCUGCUGUCCCUUCCUGGCCAGAGUCAAACUAGCCUUCUUCAGCAUCAACCUGGGCUGGCUCUUACUCCUCAGGCUAUGAGUCGUUCUGGUCUGGCAGGACCAUCUAUGGAGAACCACAUGGACAUGUCUCACCUGCAGAUGCCCAAACACAUGUCAAUACCACCACAGGAAGAACCCAGUGAUCUGGAGGAACUGGAGCAAUUUGCGAAAGCAUUCAAACAAAGACGUAUCAAACUGGGCUUCACUCAGGGGGAUGUGGGCCUUGCAAUGGGAAAACUGUACGGGAAUGAUUUCAGCCAGACCACAAUCUCCCGCUUCGAGGCUCUCAACCUCAGCUUCAAAAACAUGUGCAAGCUCAAACCUCUGCUUGAGAAAUGGCUGAGUGAUGCAGAGAACUCACCUUCCGACUCGAUGAGCAACCCUACCUCUCUGCCGCCCCUGAUGGAGGGCUACGGCCGCAAACGGAAAAAGAGGACAAGCAUUGAAACAAACAUCAAGCUGACUCUGGAGAAACGUUUCCUUGAUAACCCCAAGCCCAACUCUGAGGAGAUAACCCUGAUCUCAGAGCAGCUGUCCAUGGAGAAGGAGGUGGUUCGAGUUUGGUUCUGUAAUCGGCGUCAGAAGGAGAAGAGGAUCUACUGCCCAGUGGCUUUACCCGUCAAAUCACACAGCUACAACUCUAGAAUGGCCCCGACAUCCAGAUCCUACAGCCCUCUGGCUUCAGGCGGAGUUUCAUCAAAUUCCUCUCCAAACAGUGCAAGCCGUGAAGCUUCUCCCAACAGUCUGUCCACAGCUUCUGCCUCUUUAACAUCUCAGGCCAACUCAGUUUCCUACAGCACACCAAGCUCCUGGUACCGCACAUGGAAUACUACGCCAUAUCAUCACUGAUAAACAUGAACUGCAUCAUAUGAAGCUUUUCCAGAUUGUUUUGAGUUUUUGAGAAGGAUGUACACUGAAGAUGUGACACAAUAUCCCUGAUAUGAACGGGGGUUGCAACUUCAGGCUAAAGCUUAGAUGGACCCGCAAGACAAAAGCAGAGACACCACACUUCAGUCAACACUCUAGCUCGUGAACACCUCGACAGCCCUCAAGCUGUUCGAUUUGUGUUCAUGUGACUCUUCACUCUGCUUAGAUCAGCUGCAAAGCUGAAGAAUACACAGAAAAGCACACAAUUACAGACACCAAAAAUACUGCUGGGAAUUCCCAUAUUCAGGCCUUUAUUCUUAUGGCUUGGAUGUUUAACUGUCAAGACUCAAAUAAUCUGUUUGAAUGUUGAAGGUCCAGAUUCACUAAGAUUAUGUGCCAAGCUGUUCUUUAAGCCAUCUAUGAUAGUCUCUGUUGUUGUUGUUAGGAUGUGUUUUAAUGUGCAUAUUAGUGUACUGCUAGCCUGUCUAAAUAAAUAUGCUGUCAAAAUAAAGGGAUUAAAUAUAAUUUUCAUCUGCAUGUUCAUGACUGGUGUAAAGGGUCAUUUGUUGACCACUGUAAUACACCACCAGUGAUCUGGUCAUUUUAAUUCUUUAAAGGAUAACUCUGGUUUAUCACAAUAUAUCUGUGAAAAUGGUGACAUCGCAACAGCAAAGGCCAAAUCAAGUUGUCUGUUGGGGACUUGUUGCUGGAGCUUCUGUUUAACUUGUCUCUUAUUUAGUGCUGGGUGUUUCUCUGUCUAAUACAGACACUUAAAACUGCCUUUCAGACCUCAAGUCACGGUCUGGCUACUCUAGUUUGUUUGUUUGUUUAGUUACUUUUGUUAAUUUAAUUUCUGUUUUGAGUGUCCUUUGUCUAUUUUAUUUUAGAGAAAUGUUUUGCAGUGGUACACAACUCUAGUAACUUAUGACUUCAUCAAUCAAAUAAACCAACCACUAUAAUUAUUAUGUUGUAUAAUGUUAUAUAAUGUUACAGCAGGGACUGCAGAAUAAAGUGAAGUUUUUUCCUGAUGUAACUGAAGCUACCAUGGGAAAGUUUGAAAGUGCCAUUUGAUUCUGAGGGAAUCAUCUUUGCCUACUCCAGGGACCUUAUUAACUUGUAUGUACUGUCAUUAAACAGAUAUUGCCUGUCCUGGGUUUGACUGUCUUUCGUUUUAAUGAUGCACAGAGUCAAAUCAAACUGUUGC